GGAUCCACACAUUAUUAAUAUAUGUUUUACUUUACACAAGAUUUUCUCUCAAAGAUACGACUAUAUUUGAUUAAGCAAUAGAAAAUAAAUCCUGAAAUUGUUCUGGUUUCAUAAACUUUUGAGGAUAUAUGCACUAAGCCCAAAUGUACUUAAAGACGCUUCGUGAAUACAUUAUACAAUGUUAGAAAAAAAAAAAGUCACCAAUAUGGAAGGUUCCAUGUUUAUUUAACUAAGUAAUCACAUCAUGGCUAAAAGCAAUAUCUCAUUUAAACAGGUUUAUUCCGAGUAAAGAAAGAAUACACAAAGUAUAAAACUUGGACUUAAUGGAGAAUAAAUUAUCGUCGACAUUCAGAACCUAAAACUCCAUAUGUAUAUGACUGAUUUUAUUAUAUUAAAGGCUGUAUAUGGUCACUAAUCUGUAAAUAUGUAUUACAUUUCCUUUUGCUACAAGUUAAUUAUUGUAUUUUAUAUGAUAAUAACUUUAACAAAAAUAAUUAUUUAAAAAUAUAAUUCCAAAAGUCUGUCACACUGUUGACAAAACAGUUUUAGGGUGGAUGCAUAAUGGCAUGAAACAGCUGGGAAUAGUGAUAGUCAGUCAGGUUUGAACCUUUUUUUUAUCGCAGAGGGCUAUCUGAUGUUACAACUCUUUUGGGAAAACGUACUGUAAACAACACAGCUGCUAAAUAGAAUAGCCCUAUUAGUUCUAAGCCUAAAAGUCAAAGGCUGUAUCUGUAAUAUGAUACAAAACACAGCGGUCCUCGUGAAAUAGAAAAGUAGAGCUAGUAAGAAGCGUGGGGGCUUAACAACUGGCACUAGAGCGUAGGCAAAGACUUAACACAAGGAGGUGAGCGUACAAACUUUAGUUUAAAAUGAACCAUGCCAGACCAGCUAUUAAGCUAGUUACUGAGGGAUGGUUCAUUGGCGAGAUGAACUUAUAACGUGUAUGUAAUAUAAACAGUAUUAAAAUAAACUUAGCAAGCAGAACAUUUUAAAUUAAUCUGUAUGUUCUGUCUUCAUUGCUUGACAGAAAACCGGGCUUACCCAGCGAGGUCGUCUGUAGCUGUUCCUGGUGGUGAAGGUUGUAAACUGUCUCGAUAAGCGCAGGUUUUCUGAUGGCGAAAAAUACUAGCGUCAGGACUAUGACGUAUACAACUCGUACUAACCUAAGCCCUGCGUUAGGAAAUCCUCGCAUUGGAAGUGGGCUAGCCAAGGCGAGCGUAGUAUCGUAGUCACGCGAUAGUUAAUACUUGGGUCGAUCGCAUGGCUUGUGACGACCGCCAUUAUGGAAGAGGAAUUUUUCGGCCAGACCCAGGAAUAUAGGGUGAGAAAAAGGUCCGAGAAUUUUUCCGAAUACGAAAAAGGUGUAUUUUUACUAUUUGUAGAUCAAUUCAGGCACAUCAUAGAGGACCGACAUAACGAUGCGUGGAUGAUAGCCUACAAGGAGGCAACUUGGGAUAGAAUCACCUCAGCUUUCAACGCACUACCGGGAGUAACUAAGCGAGACAGAAAGCAGUUGCGGGAGUUGUGGAAGAGAAUAAAAGAAAAAUCAAAAAAACCUAAAACAGCCAAAGUUACUCAACUAAGCAGCAUAAAGGUUCCAUUUGGAGAUAAAAACUGGCCAGCGGAAAAAAUUGCCGCCGUUUUAUCCCAGAAAUUAGACUUUUUACGUGGAAAAGAUGAACUUAAUGACGAGAUUGUAGCCGAGGAUGCGACUUCCAGCGAGCCGUCAG